UUUAAAAUGGGAAGAAGAAGAUCUAAAAGAAAGCCAGCACCUAAAAGAAGGGCAGAUCCCCUGGAUAGACAAUUCAACUGUCCUUUUUGCAACCACGAGAAGUCUUGUGAAGUUAGAAUGUAAGUCCUCUGGUCUUGUGCAGUCUAAACAAACGCACGCACGGCGUACGUGCUUAAAUAUUUCUUGAAAUUUAACUAAAACCGUUCAAUAUUGUGCUUCUUUAUAUUGUGCUGCGAUGUUCUCGAAGAACUGAAAUUUAUCGCUUGUCAAAGGAGUUGAAUUUUAUUUUUAGCUGCACCGAAAGUAAUUGUGGAAUUGAUUGUAAUUAUUGUUUUUUCAUGCAUCCUCUAUUUUACCUUAUUUAACCACUAAGAACACAGUGUUAGCUUACCCUUAAAGAUUAACAUCUGACUGUUUUGAUGUUGUAUUUUCAGGGAUCGGGUUAGAAAUACAGGGCACAUAUCAUGUCGAGUUUGUUUGGAAGAUUAUCAGACGUCCAUUACCUGUAUCCUUUGAAAACAAAGAAGAAGAAGAAAUUAGUACGAAACGGCUAAUUGAGGACACUGUUGUUAUAUCUUCCCCUGAAGAUGGGAUGGUACAUUGUAUUUUUGAUUUUGUGCAUGGUUAUCUGAGUAACUGUAAGGUCCAGCUGUUUGCAGGACAUAAACAGUGCCUCCACUCCUCUGGUGUUAGGGAGCUUAAGCAACGACGAUGGCAACAGCAACAAGAACGGCAAAAAAAAAAAACAAUAGGUUUAUAUUAGCAAAGCAACAGCUUUAACUUGUUUGGCCUUAUUCUUUUUUGUGAUUACAGCUGUAUGUUGAACUUGACUUCAUCUCGGCCCAUAAAAAUGCCAAAAAAAGAACUUAACCAAUAUUUAACAUUAUUAUUCCUCGAGCCCGAAUGGGCUAUUGACUCAGAGGCCAUGAGGGCGAGAGGAAUAAUUGUUUUAGUAAAAUCCAACCAGUUGGUCAAAAAUAUUGAGAAUAAAAAAUUUUAGCUAGUUAAAGCUAGAUUUUAACCCUUUAAGCCCCAAUAUCCACAAACAAAUUCUCCAAACUGAUCUCUAUACAUUUCCUUACAGAAUUAGUUGGGAGAAACGUCAAAAAACCCACGCUUUUCACUACUAGUGGGCUAUAACAUAUAGCCUAGUAGUAGCUCAACCAAUCAGAAUGCAGCAUUGAUAAUAGACCACUAGUUGGAUUUUACUAAAUCCAGUUAUCUUGCCCUCAGGCUUGGUCAAUAAUGCAUGUAUACUGGUGCAGUCCCAAGGAUCAAACCCGGGGUCAGUUUACUAAAACUUUUACACCUGUAAUUUACAAGUGUAGCUAUUGUUUUCAGACUCUACAACAACAGCUGCACUUAAAAACUACACUUGUAAAAGUUUUAUUGAAUUGAAAGAUCUCCAGCAAAACUCAAAUGCUUCUUCCAGAGAAGAAUAUAUUCCACAAAGGUUGACUGUUUUGUUAUAGAUUCAUCGCAUUAACAUUUGACCUUUGUGGCCUUUUGUCUUUUGUCUGUCAUUCGUAAAUAAUAGCUAGAACAAUGUAACUACUCCAUCGUCCAAUCAGUGCUUAUGAAUGGAUUUUGGGCAGAUUUUACAUCAUCAGUAUGGAAUUUCUGUUGCUGAAUCGUAGACCUUUCUCCUCACGAAACUUCCCCAGUGGUGAGGAGCGAGAAGAAAUGGAUGUUUUCACAGGCUAUUGAAUGAAAUGUAGCCCAUUGUGGAAAUGUAUGAUGAUGGAGUUUAUUUAGACAGCACUUAAAAGGUGUUUGCAAAAUCAGAGGUGAUGAAUGAAAAAGCGUUAAAUUAGCAACGAUCACUGGUAGUGCGACCCUUCUCUGAAAAUAUGAGACAUUGAAGCAACAUAUUCAAGACUCUGAGCCUGGUUUAAAGUAAAAGUUUGAGACUUCUAAGAUAUACCAGGAUCAGAUCAGAAGUUUCUAGUUAACAUGUGGCACCUUUCUGACAUAAUUAUGUGCCACUUAAAAACUGCUUGAUUUUGCUUGAACUUUCCUUAACUAGUUGCAGAUCUUUCAGAACCUGUUGAUGUUUACAGUGACUGGAUAGAUGCUUGUGAAAGUGCGAACCAGUAGUGCAUCAUACUAUAGGCCAUUUCUGAGUUCAUUAACUUUCAGUUUCAAAAUGAAGCAAAGUGCAAAAUCUUUCUUGUGAAAAUGAGAUUUAUUUGCAUGAGAAUAGAAAUUGUUUUCAUGUUAAUAGCUUCUCACUUAUCUUCGCAUUGUAACUGAGGCUUGGAGCAGCUCGGAAAUGGUCUAUUCUUACAGAACUCUUUAAAGAGAGACGGCUCUUUAUGGUUUGCCUCAAGUCCACUUAUAAUGAAGAACGAUGAAGGGCAGAAAAUGGUUGGCAACCUUACCAAGAAAUGUGAAACUGCAGAAUCAUGACAAGAUUACUUUGCAUACAUGUAUAUAGAUGUAAAAAGAAGACCUCCCGCAUUGCUGGGAAUUCUUGGAAGCUUUCUAUAGGUUUAUGUUCCCUUGCAACUUUCUAUAAGCAUAUACCACAUGCAGUGUUCCGACUG